AUGCACAAGGAGGAGGCCCUUUACAUACAGCAGAAAGAGCAGCAGCAGCUGGAAGAAGAGCUUGUACAGCGAGACAAAGAGGAGGGACAGUGGAGGCGAGAAGAUCAUGCGCGUAACGAGGAGUAUGCAUUACAAGCCCGCUUGAGUACAAGCACGUCUCCCGACUCCGAUCAGGAUGAGCCUCUCGAGGAUGAUCAUUACCCUCACGACUGUGGCAGCCCGAGCCCGACUAGCAGUGAGGACAGUGCAACGCCUCCGACGCCGCUGAACUCGGCGCUACCACGCGUUUCGCAUGGAUAUACUAACAGCCCAGCGAUGGGCAACUCCUCCUCUGCACCUGAAUUCCUCUCGUCCCUAGAAUCCUCUUCUGGUCGCGAGCGUGUUGCUGGAAGGUCACGCACUCUGCCUGUUGCCACCCUGGUUUCCUCGAGGCGAGAACCUGAAGCUGACAUUUCGAGUGUCACUGACAUGCAAUUUGGUGGUCCGUUCAAUUCUGCCAUUGCAGGUAUUGAUGGUGUGGAAGAAGGCGGUGAUGUGGUGAUGAGUCUGGAAUAUGAGAAUCGUCAGGCAUGGCAGCGUGGCGUACAAUAUGAACACACACCCGGUAUCAGUGUUGGGCACGAUUCUGUCCUGCACACAUCUGCUGCUGCAAAAAAGGACCUACAAACGAUUGGAGAAUGUAAGAAUAGCAAAGGUGAAGAACGAGGGAAGGAUGGAUUUUGGAGACAUAUCCUGUCCCGUGUGCUUGGCAGGACGUACGGAAGCAGGGACCUUGAGAUGCAUGUCUUGUAA